ACCUCCUGUCUGCAGCCGCCUGUACCGGAGGACACCGCGGGCUGCUGCUGUCGGUUCUUCGUGACGGGAUCUGGUGUCAGGCGAGCAGCGGGCGGAGCAGAACCCCCAACCCGUAACGGGAAGCCCCCGCCGUCAGAGAGACACCCCCCCCCCCUCCCCCGCCGCGCCAGAGGACAGCUAGAUGCUAGUGGGCUAGUGUUAGCUAGCUGCCCUCCUCCCGUGCCGCGGACCCCCUCGACAGCCGGUCCCCCCCAGGCAUCAUGGCGUUAAAACGAAUAUCUAAGGAGCUGACAGACCUGUCCAGAGACCCUCCAGCUCAGUGUUCUGCUGGUCCUGUUGGUGAAGACAUGUUCCACUGGCAGGCAACUAUCAUGGGCCCUCCCGACAGUCCCUACCAGGGCGGCGUGUUUUUCCUGACCAUCCAUUUCCCUACAGACUAUCCGUUCAAACCUCCGAAGGUUGCCUUCACUACCAGAAUUUAUCACCCAAACAUCAACAGUAACGGCAGCAUCUGCCUGGACAUCCUGAGGUCUCAGUGGUCUCCCGCUCUCACCAUCUCUAAAGUUCUUUUGUCCAUCUGUUCUCUGUUAUGUGACCCCAACCCCGACGACCCACUCGUGCCCGAAAUCGCCCGCAUCUACAAAACAGAUCCAGUCAGGUACAACAAGACAGCCCAGGACUGGACCCAGAAGUAUGCCAUGUGACCCGCAGCCUGCCGGAUUCACCUGGUUUCUCACGUGGCCACGCCCCCUUACCUUUGUCCCGUCAUCGCCUCCGAGUUCUCCGUUCGUCUGCUGGAUCAGUGCAGGGCUGCGGCGGUGUCACUGCUGAGGACUCACCUGUGGGAGGACACCGCGCAGCGGGCCGUCACUGAUGCAUGCGGGCCGGUCCAGGUGCUGGACCGUUUGGUUUAGACCAGAGCCGUUUGUUCAUCCCUCGUCCACGGUUCUCCUGCUCCGACAGAGGAACCCGGCUGAUGGCCUAAUCGCUCUGAGGUUUUCAAUAAAGCUGAACAGGUUGCAGCUC